CAUGCGGGUAGCUGGAACGCGCAGUCAAGGAAUAUUUUACCCCCAAGGAACCCUUUAGUCUUAAACCAUCCAUGCGUGCGGCGUUCACAUUGAGGAAGGCUUCUGACAAAUAGUGCACGGACUGUGUAUACCUUGGAAUGAAUAAGUGAUGAUUCAUGGUAUAAGACCUGCGUUAUUUUUGUUAGUUUCUAUGGUGACGUCACACAUGACCACACAUGUGUACAUGCAUGAGACAUGUAGAUACGAUGUAGUGUGUUGAUGCUGGUGCUGAUAUCGUGCUAUGAAGCAGGAUGUAUAUUGUGUUACUCAGAUGAGAUAUAAUAACUGCUAGCAAUGGAUAACGGUGGUACCACUGUUGGUGGUGUUAAGCUGGAGACAAUCGUGUAUAUUGGUAUCGCUGCCGAUGUCGUGCUGGCUGUCGUGGUGGGGGUCCUCAUCGUCUGGUGGAGGAACAAUUCCAAGAAAAGACGGGACGCGAAGAUACAGGCAUAUCGAGAUGCUGCUGCGGACUCCAGAUCGGAUUUCGCCGACGACGGGUCAGUGACCCCACGACAGGUGGACAGACCCCCUGACCAGGUACAAGGCCAUCAACAGCUAGCUGGGGAGCGAGUGGCCUCCCGGUCGGUUCAUCGAGACAUGCGAAUCGGGAACACCGAACGUGGCCUUUAUCAAAACGGGGCUAUGGCGUGGUCGAUGCAUUGUGUACGCUCCAGUGAAGUUCGCACAGAAUUCACAGAGGUGGAGGAAGACUUUGGGUUUCUGAAUGAUAAUCAAUCCGGAAAAAGUCAGCAGAGUGGUCAUGUGGUGUCCGGACCUCCACCCCACGUGGUCGGCGCUGCAGAUACCCGUGUGUCCUUUCAUGAGGCCAUUAACUCAGAAAACCAGGAAGAUGGAGCAUAUACCGUGGAGAAUGACGAGAGGGUGGUCCACAACCCACUGUCAGCGUCCCGUAAGGCUGCAAACGCUUUCGAGGAGGAAGCCACAGAGGAACAUGAAGUAGCGAAGUCGGUUUACUACACCUACAACGACCCACCGACACUCGAAACACCACAAGACGACCUCGUGGAGGGUGAUGAAGCAGGUGCCCCUUCAUCCCUGGACUAUCUUGAACCUCUUCAAACCUCAGCAGCUUAUGAGGAAGAGGAGGAAGGGGGCCGGGAAUCGGUAGCAUCAGAGGAAGAGUAUUCCCCACCAUCACCGCCCCCUCCACCUCCACCUCCACUUUCGCAAGAGGAUGAGACGGUAUUUAUAAAUGAGGAGUUGCGGACGACGACUAACCACUACUACUCUUCUCUUGAUAGCCAGGGCAAGGAUGUUGGAACCGAAGGUGAAGAGGUUCGGAUCCACGAUAUGGCAGAGUGGUCCAAGAUGAACUUUGGAAAUGAGGAGCCUGAGAAACGUUAUAUCAUUCAGCUGGAGGACAGUACUGAUGUCAUGUGAGAUGCUGACAUACUGCACGUCAUGGUCGAUUGUAGUAACAUACAUGUAUAAUAUACUCCAUUCCACAGUCACCUGUGAAUGCUUACGGUCCCUUUGCAGUGUAAUAGGGAUGCUUGCCUAUUUGAAUAAUCAAUGAAAUGAGUGUAAUAGCAUAGACGUAGUCAAAUUAGCUCAGUAGUAUAGGUGAUGGGGGUACUGGUUCAGCUGAGACAGUACCCCCAUCGCCUAUACUACUAGCUCUGUUCCGCGCAUGAAGUUUGAAUGAACCCUACUGUUUCGUCACUAUGUCACAUGUUGCAUAAGUUGUAAUCUGAGCGCUCAUUGGUCAGGGGUUUGGUUUGGUGGCUAAAUUUAGCGACUACCCAGAGAAGACAUACAGACAGAUAUUUUAUUUACGUCUCACUGUGUGUACAGGCAUACAUAAAUACAUUGAUAAAACAUUUUAAAAUAUACACACACAUUUCCUUUUGGAAUUAUGAGAGACUAAAUCUAAAAUAUAUACAACAUAAUUAAUCUGAAAAUAAAAAGGUAUAAAAUACAAUAGCUAAAAAUAGAUGCACCCAUUACUAUGUGCUAUAUAAAAGACGACGCCUGCGUUCGAGUAUUGCAUAAGUGGUUUUGGCAACAAUAUUUACUAAGUCAAUAGAGGAGAACAAAUAACAUAGUUUAUCAACAUCACUAAAAUCAUAAUAACUUUCAUUCAUCUCAUAUGCAGUACAUUCCAUGGCAUGUCUCAGAUCAUCAUAUACAGGACAUUUCAGUAUAACGUGGGUCUCAUCUUCUGUCUCAUUACAACAAGCGGCUGUAUAUUUUCACAGGUGAUGGAGAAAGGUCGUGUAUACACACCCAUGAAUGAAUAUAACGAUGACUGCGCAUAUGUUUGUCGGUACACACAUGGUGUGUGUUCUCGCAGGAAGGUUGUAUUGCCAAACAACAUUUGUCAAAGAGGGCUGAUUAUGUCUCAACAAAGGAGUACUUUACUGUACGGAUUUCAAAACUCAACAGAUUUUUUGUCUCGUAAAACUUUGCCAUCAACAUUAGUGCUUCCUUUGAACAUGAACGUCUCGUCGAGUCAACAAAGACUUUAUUGCUUUAGUAUUACAUGGAAUGUGUAUGAAAGCAAUAAUAUAAGUUGUAGCUUCUAACGGAGACAAUAAGGUUUAAUAUUCCCUGUGUGUUGUUGUGUACCCUGAGCGAAUGUCUUUCGUUGAGGUUGAGAUACAAAGCCUUUGUUGCCCGAGUGACAUUUAAUCUCAACACUCCGUACGUCUCAAGUCAAUGUUAACAUACAUUACGCAACGCCGUUUCACUGUAAGGAGCUUGGUAUGUCUGUUGCAAUGACAGAAGGAUUUUGUUUUCAUUUGUACUCCGCUAUAGCUGGGGGACAUUGAAAUAUUUACCGCCAUUGACCAAUAAAUUCAAGUAUUUCACAUAUAUGGUGAAAUAAAGAUGCCAACAUACUGGCAAUAGAACAUAUGACGAUUUCAGAGUUAUUUCAAGUUUGUUAUAUCUGUGGUUGACUGUAUAAGUCGAUAGUAAGUUUUGUUUCUUAAUUUGAUUAGCAGCUAUCAGAGUUAAGCUUUAUGGAAUAAUAUAUACAAUAAUCAGAAGGAUCGUGGUGAGGCCUUGCGAGGUCGUGGUGAGAAUACUUUUGAUUAGAUUAUAGAGCUUCUAUGUCAAGUAUUAUAUGAUUUGUUAAUGGAUAACCAUGUUUACUGUAUAUUUGUAUAUAUCCAUUUAAAGGACCUAACGUUGACCUUAUUGUCAAUCGUUAAUAGAACGCAAUUAACAGGUAUGUUGUUAACAAAUCAUAGUGUACGAUCAUUCUUGUUCUUAUAUGAACAUCAGCAUUGUUUUGUUUUUAAAAUUAGCUGUAAGAAAUUGGAUUUUGUAUGCUUUGAAAUCAAAUAUGGAUCGAUAGUUUAGUCUGGAUAUAACUGGAAUACUGUUAAAAGCAGUGUGAAACUUAACUCACUCACUCAUUAGCCAGUGGAGGGCUGUCAGGUAGCCUCGUGGUUAAAGCGUUCGCUCGUCAUGCUGAUGGCACGGGUUUGAUUCCCGACAUGGGUACAAUGUGGGAAGCCCAUUUCUGGUAUCCCCCGCCGUGAUAUUGCUGAAAUAUUGCUAAAAGCGGCGUAAAACUCACUCACUCAUUAGCCAUUCGACCAUUUGAUAUUAUGUUGGAUCUGGGGUAUAUAUUAAAUGGUCACCCCCUUAAUAGUUGUUCAACCUAGAGAAAGGAGCUAUGUGUAGUGUGUAGGUACAACGUUCCCCUUGCUGAAUCUAAAAGAAUAUUUUUUGUACUUUUUAUAUUGAGAAUAAAAAUGUUCUAUGCUUCA